AACAGCUCGAAUCUCGGAUAAAAAGACAAUUGCUCUGUCUAUUCCAUUCCCUGCAUCUCUCCCUUCUCUUUCUCUCUCUCUCUCUCUCCUCCCACUGUAUACAAACUGUACUCCCUCUGCUUACACACACACACACACACUGACUGAGACAUUGAGACUUAUUAGAGAGAGAAAGGAAAAGGAUCAUUCGGCAUUAAAGAUGGUUCCGAGCUCAACAUUAUGCUUCCGCCUCUCUUUACUUGCAUUACUGUUUGCUUUAUCAGCUGCUGCUGUAGUUGAAGACGGGGAACUAGUGAAUGGUGACUUCGAGACCCCGCCAACCGGCGGGUUCUCGCCGGAGGCAGGGAUCUCAGACGGCCCCGGGUCGAUCCCUGGGUGGAAGACGAACGGGACGGUGGAGGUGGUGGAGUCGGGGCAGAAGCAGGGUGGUAUGAUCCUGAUCGUGCCGCAGGGGGCCCACGCGGUGCGGCUGGGAAACGAUGCCGAGAUCAGCCAAGAGGUGGCGGUGGAGAAGGGGGCCCUCUACUCCGUCACGUUCAGCGCCGCCCGCACAUGUGCACAGCUGGAGGCACUGAACGUGUCAGUGCCCCCGGCAUCGCAGACCAUCGAUCUGCAGACGCUCUACAGCGUCCAGGGGUGGGACACCUACGCCUGGGCUUUUCAGGCGGCGGAGGCAGAGGCGCGGGUGGUCUUCCGGAACCCCGGCAUGGAGGAUGACCCCACCUGCGGCCCCAUCAUUGACGAUAUUGCCAUCAAGAAGCUCUUUGUGCCAGAUAGGCCCAAAGAUAACGCAGUUGUAAAUGGCGAUUUCGAGGAGGGACCAUGGAUGUUUAGAAACGAGUCGUUGGGCGUCCUUCUCCCAACCAAUCUUGAUGAGGAGACAUCCUCUCUACCCGGUUGGAUGGUGGAGUCGAACAGAGCCGUGCGCUAUGUCGACUCCAACCACUUCUCCGUCCCCGGAGGCAAACGAGCGGUCGAGUUGCUCUCCGGGAAGGAGGGAAUCAUCUCCCAGAUGGUUGAAACCAAGCCCAACAAGCCAUAUAGGCUCACGUUCUCGCUAGGCCAUGCGGGGGAUGCCUGCAAGCAGCCGUUGGCGGUGAUGGCGUUUGCUGGCGAUCAGGCUCAGAAUGUACACUACACUCCGGACUCCAACUCCACCUUCCAGACCGUAAAUGUCAACUUCACGUCCAAGGCGGAGAGGACGCGCGUCGCCUUCUAUAGCGUGUACUACAACACGAGGACAGAUGAUAUGAGCUCGUUGUGUGGCCCGGUUGUCGAUGAUGUUAGGGUUGAGCUUUCUGGGUCGACCAAGGUUGGGCUAGGGGGGUUGGGGUUCAUGUUGUUGAUUGUUUUGAUGUUGAUGUAGAUUGGAAAGGAGGGUGGUUAUGUAAUGUGUGGAAGUGGGAGCAUAGGUAAACCAAGCUCUCAUGUUUUGUUUCAUGUGUUUUAUUAAGGUAUCCUGAGUUUGCAGUAAUAGAGCAUCAAAAUGCCUUCAUUUUA